CGACUUGGUUCGCACGCACGUGAGCACUGUCCAUCGCUGCGACGAGAAAUAGCUAGGGUGAGGUGGUGGUAGGGGAGAAAUACAGUGGAUUAUAAGAAAUAGUGAUGAAAAUGGCCUGGCUGCUGUACUUGCGACGCAUGCGCCCGCACUUUAUAUCUGUUGAGCCCUGCGUCUGUUGUCAGGAUGAUGUUCGGGACCACGCAAACCGACGAGAUUCAGAUUUAUCGCAUGCCGUCAAGAGCCGUCCACAAAAAUCCACAGGAUGCGGCCGACCUGCCGCUAGUUGACGAGACGUGUUUCAAGCGAUUUCAGCGCACAAAAGGGUACGAGAGUGCCAUUACAUCACCUUGGGAUGAAACACGUCGCUUAGACCCUAUCAACAGGGCUUUUGGCCAAUUGAUGUGGCCCGCCCCAUGUUCUUGCUAGCCUCCGAGUGGCGCC